CUUCCAUCACUUAGGUGUAGCACUUCUCCACCCAGAGUGUGUUAGGAGCACACCAACCCGUAAAACCAUACAGAGAGACAGAGCCACACAGACCUACAACAGAACGACACAUGGAGAUCAAGGUAGGACUAUGCUAGUCGCCCACCAUUUCCACCACCAUGAAUGAGAAGCGGAAGACCUGGGUGUGGGGAAUCCUUGUGCUUUUCCUCCUGGCCAUUAUCGUAGUAGGAGCCACAUUAGUCGGGGUGUACAUGACGCAGAAGCACACAGAGGCGGUGGUAGAGAUGGCCUUCAAGGACAAGACCGGUGAGAAAGUCAAGCAGACGGUCAUGUUGAAUAAUAAAGAGAAGGUGGCAGCGUUUUAUGUGAGCUCCAACAAUGUGUCAUCCACCGUCCUGUAUGACUACGAUCAUGGUUUCAUCGGCUUCAAGCGCAGCAAUGGAAAGAGCUGUUACAUCGUAAAGAUGGAAAACCUCGAUGUGCCAACAAUGUCAGAUAUUCUGAAGAGCAUCAGACAAUUCCAGAAUGUGAACACAACAGGCAGCGGUGAUUUAUCAUACGACCUCGUGCCAGGUGAGGAGGCCGAUAGGACAAAGCUGGGUGUCCCCAUCAACAUUCUGUGUAGUGAUGUCCCCAUCUCCUGGGCCACACUGAAUGACAACCCACAGCUACGCUGGAAGUUCUCACUCAAGUUCAGCAUCUUUGGCGUUGAUGUGACCUUUAAGUUUGAGUCUUGAUCAUUCCGCUCAUUUCCGGAUCAUGGACGUUCGCUGUAUUUCCAGAGCCUGAGCUCAAGAGCUGGUCUCCUGGGUUUACCAAGCCCUUCCAAACAUUCCCCUCGUCAUCUUUAGGGCCCACUGGAAUUGAACUGAAGGACUGAAUGACAAAAUUGUAAAUAAUCAGG